AAAUAAACAUAAAAUUGACGUUUCAUCCCUACAUUUGAGGACACGCGUGAAAAAGGACACUGAAUGUUUUAAUUGAAAAUAAAUGAGAUUGGCAUUGUAAUAAUAUUAAUUUCGAUCGGUUUUCCUUCAACUUCAGUGUAUAACGAAUAGAAACCACAUACGUGUACGUUUGUUAGUAGAAUCAAAAGAUGAGCAUUAUUGGCAAGAAAUUGUCCUCGAUAUCUACUAAUCCUGGAACUGCUCCUAGCGACAGUUCUGGGAAUACAUCUAGCUCUGCUGGUAACCCAUCGCCACCGAAAAUAAUCACGCCCGAAUAUGUACUCAAACUAAACAAGAUAACCGACGAUUAUCUUUGUUCUCCGGAUGCCAAUAUUUAUGAAAUCGAUUUUACUCGCUUCAAAAUUCGUGACUUGGAAAGUGGAACAGUUCUAUUUGAAAUAGCUAAACCGUCCGCGAGUGAGCCAUUCCAGAAUUCCAAUUCUUGUUCGGGACCAACCGAGGGAAUCAAUAGUAGCAAUGUGGCUGGCAGCGAAGAACAUCCUGUCGAAGAGGAAGAGAUUCUGGAACCGAACGCUGGACGUUAUGUACGAUACCAAUUUACACCGCAAUUCCUCAAGCUGAAAACUGUCGGAGCAACCGUUGAGUUUACGGUUGGUAGCAAAUGUGUGAAAAAUUUUAGGAUGAUCGAAAGACACUUUUAUCAGGACCGAUUGCUGAAAUCGUUUGACUUCGAGUUUGGUUAUUGCAUUCCUUACUCAAAAAAUACCUGUGAGCACAUCUACGAAUUUCCAACUAUUCCACCGGAUCUAGUGAACGAGAUGAUUAUGAACCCAUUCGAUACACGUUCUGAUAGUUUUUACUUCGUCGACAACUGUUUGGUGAUGCAUAACAAAGCAGACUACGCAUAUAAUGGCGGAAUGUGAGUUUAAGAACGCGCCGAUAGAUGUUUGUUUUAUGGAUUUAUGUUUUGUAUACUUUCGUGAAUUACAACCAUAAAAGGAUUAUUGAAGAAGGCGAACAAAGAAUACGUUAAGGUUAAGAACACAACUAGGGAAACACGUUCACAAUUUUAAAGUGUGCAAAAAUCGUAUCAUUAAAAAAACUUUUCGUAUUAGGGAGAGGAGAUACACAAAUAAGUAAAAAUGAUAUAUAAUUUCCCAUAGAUGAUAUCAAAUAAUGAUUGUUUUUAUAAAGCUAGUUAAAAAGCAGAAAGCUCACUUAUUUAAUGAAUGUUUAUGAACUUUUAUACCACAAAAGCGCAACCGAUCAGUACCAAAAGCAAUGGAAAUUGUUGAACAGAUAAUUAAGAUUUUUUGUGCCCACUCUAACGACACAGUUUUGUUCCAGAACUUUGAAGCACGUACAAGACAUGACACAUAAGAAUGUACAUACAUAUAUAGCGGAUGUGAAAAAAUGUGGUUCAUGGCAUUGAUGAAAUUUUUCAUUUCCAGUGGAUCGAACGAGGCGAGUAAUAGUGUUCAAAAAAAAAAGCAAAGAUAUAAUUCUAAUGACAAAGUGGAAUGUGACAUAGAAACUCAUUAUCGUAAGCAGUAUAUAACAAGCUCUUUGGCAAUACAAAGCAGUGUAAAUUUUUUUCUAACAUUGAGUCGCAUUGGAUGGUAUACUUCAUACGUUCGAAUAUGUAUCUAUCACAAUUUACUUCGAUACUGAGGAUUGAAUCGAAUCAGUAUAAAUCAUCAAUUGAAUUAAAAAAAUACGAUCAUACAGUCAUGUCACGUUUCAGCUAUGUCAAAUAUUGAAAAAAAAGUUCUAUUUUCACUUCAAGUGCUGUGUGGCGCUCUUUACAUCUAAAUAAGUCUCUAGAAGCAGAUUAGAUAAUGAACUACAUGCAGGUCUUAGCACUAAAAACUGAGAAAUCCAAUAGAUGUUAAAAGGCUAUUAACUGAACCUUAUUCAAAGCUUAAGUGUGGGUGGUUGUCCAUAAGAACACUAGCAAAUAACAGGUAUACUACAAAACCAAAUGCACGUUUACAUAAUUACUUCACCAGUUCAAUGCAUUUCGUUCGAUGAUGGAGGUUGAGUAGAUUUUUUUUUCUUUCUAUAUUACAGUGACAUUCAACACAUUUUGGCUGGUUCGUCACUUUUACUUCCAUUUUUGGUUUUUAGUUUGAGAGGUAUGGAUGUUACCACUACGCUAGUUCGUCUCCACUUGAGUAGAAAUUUGAUUUUAUCAUUCCACAGAUUUCUUAUUUCGACAUCGCAAAUUAAUAAAUUAUGUACUCACUAUCAUACAUUAUUUAUUCAUACACUACCAAAUUACAUGUUCUCGUCCCAGCUUGAUUGUGGGUGUUCUUUUGGAAACGAGUUUAGCAUUGCUGUAGUGGGAACUAUCUAGCCGCGGAGCCGGACUGUUUUUUAUCAUUACCACAUUAUUGUAUGUUGUUUGAUUGGUCCAAAUAUUGUACUUAAGUUCACGUUUAAAUGAGAUAACCGUCUUUUUCCAUGAAACUUUGAAUUAAAUCCCAACGAACAUUUCACAUUGUAAGAGGCUUGAUUUGAACGCUCUAAUGAAUUUAAUUUGGACGGAUUCGGACUUUUUUUUAAAGCCAUCAGUUAUUCAUAGUAUUGUUUAAUCGAUCUCACAUAGAUCUCAUAUUUUAGUCCAUUAGACCCUCGAUAGACAAAAAGUAGAUCUUCUAAAUAAAAGAAGCGUUUGUUACACUACUAUAUAGAUAUAAGAAAAUGUUAGAAAAAUGUAAAACAUUGUUUAGAUGUGCAGCACAUAACACAUAAGCAGUAAUAACGAAUGUACACCAUUGAAAAUGAAGAGAACAAAAAAUGCAGAAACAUAGUUUAGUGAAAAUAUACUUUUUGACCAACAAAACAAAACCGUUGAUAAAAACGAAUAAUAGACCGCCCAAAAGAUAUACAAUAAAAUAGCUACUUGAAAUGAUUAACAUUAUGCUGAUGAAGUGAAGAGCAGAACAUUAAACCUUAAACAUUCAAUCCGGUUAUUCAAAUUACAAUAUCAACUGAAAAUACAGGAAUACUUUUACGUAAAAAUCAAUUCAAAUUGUAACUGCGAGCAAAAAAUGAAUCUAUUACUAGUCAACGUGAGAAUAGCAUGUAGAGGAUUUCGUUUGUUCUUAGUGCGAAUAUUAUUUGUAAAUUUUAUAUGCAGAUAAUAAUAUUUUGAAGAAUAAAAGCUAUCAAAUGUUCGAUGUAAACUA